CCAGACAUUUCCGGGGAUGACGCAUGUAUGCGGAAGUGCCGCCAAAAUCCCAAAUCCAUAGUACUAUUUUUCAUAACAUGUACAGGCAUGAACGUUUGAGACGUCAGACAGCUGAGCGAUUUUAAUUCAGUUUGAUCCUGUUCAUUCAGAGUAAAAAAGGAUCCAUUCUUCAGGAUGGAGAAUGGGGUUAAUAACUCCAAAGGAGAGGGCUUCCUUUCUAGGAUGGCCCUCAAUGACAACAAGGCUGGUAUGGAGGGUCUUGACAGGGACAAGAUCAACAAGAUCAUCAUGGAGUCAUCCAAGGGAUCUAGGUUUUAUGAGAAUGAGCUGAAGAGAGAGCAGCAGGUGAACCAGCGCAUUGAGAAAAUGAUGCUACAAAAGGCACAGAUCACAGAACAACAGUUAAAGAAAGCACAGGCUGAGGUAGAGAGGAUGGCCACCGAGCUGGAGAGAAGUCGUGAUCUCAGCCGUGUGAUUGUACAUGUGGACAUGGAUGCUUUCUACGCUGCUGUGGAGAUAAGAGACUGUCCUGAGCUGAAGGACAAGCCCAUGGCUGUAGGAUCCAUGAGCAUGCUGUCAACAUCUAACUACCAUGCCAGGAAGUACGGGGUCCGAGCUGCCAUGCCUGGCUUCAUUGCAAAGAAACUCUGCCCCAACUUAGUUAUUGUUCCAACCAACUUCGCUAAAUACAGAGCUGUGAGUGGUGAGGUCCGGGAGAUUUUUGCAGAGUAUGACCCUCAUUUCCAGUCAGUGAGCCUGGAUGAAGCCUAUCUGGAUUUUACAGACCACCUGGAACAGAGGCAGAGCUGGCCAGAAUCCUUGCGUACACAUCGCUUCCACGCCAGCAGCACCGCUACAGGUGAAGAGCAGAUUAAGCUUCCCCAGGAGGCAGUGCCAGAGGAGAAAGACCUCUCUCCGGUCCUGUUUGACGACAGCCCGAGCUCUUCUCCCUGCUUGUCGGGCCCUGAAGGUGUCGGUGCUGCUGGUGGUGCGUUCGAGGUGUUUGGGACGUCUGUUGAGGAGGCUGUGAGAGAGAUGCGCUUCCGCAUUGAACAGAAGACCAUGCUGACUGCCAGUGCAGGAAUUGCUCCAAACAUGAUGCUUGCCAAGGUGUGCAGUGACAAGAACAAGCCCAACGGCCAAUACAGACUCCCCUCCACUAGAGAGGCAGUCAUGGACUUCGUCCAGAAUCUCCCAGUUCGCAAAGUUUCUGGCAUAGGGAAGGUGAGUGAGAAGAUGCUAAAUGCUCUGGGCAUCAGUAGCUGUUCUCAUCUUGGCCAGCAGAUGGGGUUGCUGUCGUUGUUGUUCUCGGAGACAGCCUGGCAUCAUCUUCUGCAGGUUUCUCUGGGUCUGGGCUCUACAUUUAUACCUAGACAUGAAGAAAGAAAAAGCAUGAGUACAGAAAGGACAUUUAAAGAACUGAGUAAAGUUGAGGAGCAGUUGUCUUUAUGCAGGGAGCUCUGUGAAGACGUAGCAGAAGACAUGAAGGAAGAAGGUCUAAAGGGUAAAACAGUAACACUGAAGCUUAAGAACGUGAGCUUUGAGGUAAAAACCAGGGCGCUGACGCUGCCGUAUGCUGUUGCCACAGUGGAUGAGAUCUUUGCUGUUGCUAAGGACCUACUGAAAACGGAAAUCGACAAUGAAAGCCCCCAGCCACUCAGAUUGAGGCUCAUGGGUGUUAGAAUCUCCGCCUUUGUCAGUUCGGAUGAUAAAAAGCCCCUGCAGAGGAGCAUCAUUGGCUUUCUUCAGCCAGGCAAGACAGACUCUAGUGGCUCUUCCCAAGGAAUGAAUCAAAAGCUUGAUAAAGAGCAUCUCUCCAAUCACUCCUUCCAAACUGGGCCCCUUGCUUGUCUUCCCCUGGUGCAGAAGUGCCAGAGACAAGAGGAAGUUCCCCGCCAAACUUGUGAUCAACCCAAACAGUCUUUCUUCCAAAGGGCUCAUGCCAAGAGACUGCAACUCCAGGCAGCGAAUGCAAGCACACAAGAGGAAGGACUUGGGGAGAAGGCUUUUGUGAUUACUUACACAGACACUUGUGCUCAAAAGGGUGUAGAGUCAUCAACAAAAGCGAACAAGAGUAACUGUACAGCAUCAGAUCUCUCAGAAAAUGACUAUGUCUCCCCCAUAGAGGCCCAUGCAUCCACAUCAGGAUGUGGCGCCACAGUGUCGGAGAGCCUCACCUGUCCGGUGUGUUUUAGGCAGGUGGAGACGACUGAUUUGAAUGUCUUCAACAGACAUAUAGACCAGUGUCUCAGUGAUGCCUCUAUAAAGCCAAACCAAUGGACAGUUUUUGACACAGAGUCAGAUCUGGACCUAGAGAAUCAUCAGAAAGAAUGUGAAGAAGUAGAGUCCAACAGAGUUCCUCCUCAGGAAGACCAACACAGCUUGGAAAACGAUUCUCUUCAAACGGUUUUGUUGAUCAAUGGUGACAACAAAACGGCAACCUCGAGCCAGCCUCAGUCACAUAAUGAUAAAGGCCCCAUCCUCAUCUGCCCAGUAUGUCAGCUGUCCCAGGAUAGUGAUGACCUCACCAUCUUCAACCACCACGUUGACCUCUGUCUGAACCGGGAGGUCCUACAUGAGCUAGGCGGGCAGACGUUGUCUCCCAUAAAUCCACCUUCAGUUAUAAAUAGCAAGGCCUUAGACAGAGGCCGUCUCCUGCCAACGCAAGCAAGUAAAGGCAAAACCAAAAGACGGGACUCACCUUCCUCUCCUCCUUCUAAGAAGGCUAAAGGCCUCGGUCCUCGCAACACCAUCGACAAGUUCUUCAGGUGACCAAGAUUGUCUAUCCUCAUCUAGACGAACUGAGAAAGAUUUCUUCAGGAGUUAAACACCUCUCCUGUUCCAACGGGUUUUCAAUGCACACAAAGCAAUAUUCAGUUUUUCUCUUCAAGUAUCUGUAGUUAAGAACGCUGAUAUAAGAAGCUAAGGAUUUGCACUAAUAUGUCUUGUUUUUUUAUGAGCCUUGCACUAGACAAGAAACUAAAGAUGACAAAAGACAAAUUCUGUUUUAAAUCUGGCAAAUUAAUGGACAUAUGUAUACCAGUGUGUUAUUGGAUCACAAGGGUAUUUAUUACAUGCUGAGGUGCCACUGUUAGAUUUUUAAUUUAUCUUCAAGUUAUUUUAUUCAGUAAUUGUAUUUAUUGUGUUUUCCAAUGACAGUACUGUAUACGUUUAAUAAUGAAGAUAAGAGAAUCCAUCUAUCGUGUAAAUCAAAGUUGAAAUAAAUUAUUAUUCUGCUGAAAUUUCA